UUUAAAGAGGUGUGCAACGAAAAUCGUUUUCUAGCCAACCUUUGGGGCACUAUAGACGACGGCCUACAAGGCAAAAAACGCAGGCCUAAAAGAAAUAAGCACUGCCUUGUGAAUCAAGGGGUUAAAUGUGGUAAUACAACAAGCGCACCGUCUAGGCGUGUGUCUCAAAAUCGAAUUAUUCCACAUGUUAAAGACGAGAAUUCAUACAUCCCAUUUUCAAAUACAACCGCCCAACCGUGCCUGGAGUCGAGAAUGAGCAAUGUAUCUCGAGUUCGUGCACAUAAUCACAACAAUGACUUACGCCUCUAUUGUAAAAGCUCACUCACGCUAACACUCGCAGAGUGGAGAUUCAAUCUGAGCUUGCCUUGACUGUCAAUGCUGUUUUUGAAUAGCUGGAGGGUGAGUAGUCGCAUAGUAAGGUACGAGACUAACCCUCCAGCUAUUCAACUCAAGAGAAGCUCAGAUUGAACCUCCACACUUUGAGUGUGAGCGUGAGUGAGCUUUUAGAAUACAGGCGUUAGUCUCGAAUUUUAACAAUUCAAAUAGAUUAUAUGCAAAGACUGGUCUACCCAACAUUAUGCCCACGUACUGUAUUGUAGUUCCUUUCAACCUAAUUAUUUGAACAUAAACAACAAAAUUCAAGUGGUAACUUUAGGUGACCCUGCCAGGAAACCUUCAAAAAUUUGGAGCUAUAAUAGUAUACGUAAAUCCAACUUAAUUAAUAUUCCUUUGGAAAAGAACAACGAUAAACCUAAACAUGCGAAACCUCUCCCAAGUGUAAUGCUUUUAAAUGCAAGGUCACUUAUUAACAAAAUAGAUGAAUUGGAAAUAGUAGUCGGUAAUAAUGAUAUCGACAUAGUUUGCAUCACUGAGACUUGGUUUAAGGAAACUGUUCCCGACGAAGCUGUAACUUGUUCCGGAUUGACAUUGGGUAGAACGUAUGGUACAGGAGGGGGAGUUGCUCUAUAUGUGAAUAGUAAAAUACCAUUUAAAAUUCGCAAGGACUUGCAUGAUCCCUCGUUUGAGUAUCAGUGGGUCACGUUACGUCCAAAAUGGUUACCAAGAGUAAUAUCCAAAUUUGCGGUAUGCUGUGUAUUGUACCACCUAGUCAAAGUGAGAUAGACAGUUUUUAUGAUUACCUUUAUAAAUUGUUACAACAAACUCUGCACGGAGAGUCCCAACAAAUAGGCACUGCAGUUUUAAACAAAUUGUCAAAGUUCCGACACGGAAUAAUAAUAUACUCGAUUUGAUUUUUACAAAUAUGAAUUGAAUGAAUGAAUUUUUAAUUUAUCACACAAUUAUAUAGAGCAAUGAAAUUAUAAUAAAUUACGGUAAUGUAUGAUAUAAGUAAUAAUAAUAUAUAAUUUUACAAAAAGGAUUAUGUGACGAGGUUUGAUACGAAACCAUUAGGCUUAUUUAUUAUCAAACCUCCUCAUAUUUCUAACUUUUAAUUACAAAUGAAUAAUAUAAAUUAUCAAACUUAUGAGUAAUACAGAUAUGCUAAUUAAUUAAUAUAAGGUGAGCAAAGGUAAUUUUUUAAUUUCCUUGUAAAAGAAGAAAGCGAUUUACUAUUUACAAUGUACGUAUCCAAAUGGAAUAGGAAUGGACAUUGAUACUUUAUUGAAAAUUGUCGUACAUUUGUUCUAGGUGUUAUAAUGUGAAAUUCAUUCUCUCUCCUAGUAUCAUAAUUAUGCACUUGCUUAUUAAUGUAAAACAUACUUUCGAAAUGCCCUGGCAGCAGGUUAUGUUAUGUUCAUUGCGAACUUUUAUACAAAUCCUGAGAUCUUAGCACUCCUAUCAACAUCGGAUCAUAACAUAGUGUUGUGGAAAUCGAGAACUGACGCUUCAGUAGAAAAGGCUGGAAAUAUAGUAAUGGUAAAAGUAAGAGUUGUCAACCAUACAAAUACGGAACAGUUUGGUUGUUUUUUAGAGAACUAUGACUGGAGUGUAGUUUUCUCCAACAAAGGACUCGUUGAGAAAGUCCAUGCUUCUCUUCAUUCUAGUAAAGUGAUUAUUAAUGAGUUUUUCCCCGAAAGAAUAAUAAAAAGCAAUACCAACGAUAAACGUUUUAUGACGCAAAAUAUUAAAACCCUGAUAGGUAAGAGAAAUAAAGCUUUUAAAGGCAAUAAAACCGAGCUUUCCAUAUCAUUACGUAGGCAAGUUUCUAUGGCGGGUGAUGUGUGUCAAAAUUAAGCGAAACAUUUUGACAAUGAUCUUGUAACAUUUCGGCAUGCGUGUCAAAAAAUUUGGCAAUGAUUUGGCAUCAUUUGGCUAUUGGUUCUGACUAUUUUAUGGCAACUGCAAAACAUUUGGUGACAAUAUCAAAAUAUUCAACGACAAAAACUCGUUUGACAACAAUUUAUCACCGCACUAAACCAAAAUGUUAUCAUUUGACAAUGACCUCACGUUUGGCAACAAUCGUUUUAUUUGGCAACAACAAUCCCAAAAUGCAUUGCGAGUUUGCAAAUUUUGCAACAAGAUGGCGGAUCAACAUCAACCGGACGAAGUACGAGAUUCAAUUUUAACACGCUUGGAAAUGCAUUUAAACGAUGUUACGGCAGCUAUUUCACCAGAUCCUGAACCCCAUCUAUAAGGUACACCAAUUGGUCUCUGGAAAUUAGGACUCCCUGCAGUUCGCAUUCUUCUUGUUCUUCUUUCCUUAUUUCCACCAUUGAAAACAGAGCUCUCCAUAAUGUCAACCAAGAGUCUUGCUUGAUUUGGAUAUCCGCUGUACGUAUUAGGAUCUUGUGCAGAGAAAACAGCAAGACAUCGAUAACUCAAGAGUUUCAGAGCAAUCGCGAAUAUGAUUUAUUAUAUAUGGGGUUCAGGAUCUGGUGAAAUAGCUGCCGUAACAUCGUUUAAAAGCAUUUCUAAGCGUGUUAAAAUUGAAUCUCGUACUUCGUCCGGUUGAUGUUGAUCCGCCAUCUUGUUUCCAAAUUUGCAAAUUCGCAAUGCAUUUUGAGAUUGUUGUUGCCAUAUGAAAUGAUUGAACACGUGAGGUCAUUUGUCAAACGUGAGGUCAUUGUCAAAGGAUGAUAAAUUGUUGUCAAACGAGUUUUUGUUGUUGAAUAUUUUGAUAUUGUCACCAAAUGUUUUGCAGUUGCCAUAAAAUAGUCAGAACCAAUAGCCAAAUGAUGCCAAAUCAUUGCCAAAUUGUUUGACACGCAUGCCAAAUGUUAUACGAUCAUUGUCAAAAUGUUUCACUUAAUUUUGACACACAUCACCCGCCAUAGGUUUCUGCUGAGAUAAAGAAGGCCAAGCCGCAGUUUUAUGAUAAAAAGAUACGACCAAAGCAUAGUUCAUGCCCAAAAGCAUGGAGGAAGCAAGUUAAAAGAUUAAUUGGAUCAAGGAAAAACGCUGUGACUUUAGUAGACCCCGAGACAAAUCUCCAAAUGAAUCGGCAGAUUCAAUUAAUAAGUUCUUUGUUAACCUGACGACAGAUUAUCCACAGAUAACAAACGAGUGGCCAGAAAUGCAAUGCCCGUAUGAUCUACCGUUAAUCAGUGUUGAAGAAGUUGCUAGAGAAUUAAAUGCAAUUAAUGUUAAUAAGGCACCUGGACCAAAUAAUCCACUUUUGAAGAUUCUGAAAAUGUUUCCGAAAUUGUUUGCAGUCGCUCUUGCUGAAAUUUUCAGUGAAUCAUUUCAGACAAAGAAAUUCCCCGAAACUUGGAAAAAAAUAUAAAGUAACUGGGAUUCCUAAGACCAUACCAUACACAAUCGUUGAGAACCUUGGAUACGAAUAAUCUUUCUUGACUUUAGGAAUGCGUUUGACCUAAUUGACCAUAAUAUAUUGCUAAGAAAUAUGAAAGAGAUGGGAGUUAGAUUGGCCUUAAUUCAAUGGUUUGGAACAUAUCUCAAUAAAAGAUCUCAUUUUACUAAAUUCGGGAAUGAUACGUCUGAUUAUGCAUACAUUAAUGGAGGAGUGCCACAAGGAAGCAAUGGCAGACCAAUUGCCUUUGUAAUAAAGAUUUAUAAACUACCCUCUGUCAUAAAAGAAGAAAUUCAGCUUAUGCUAUCCACCAACAUGGAAGCCAAUGUUAUGCUUGAACAUGAUAGAAUAAUGUUUAUGAAUGACACUACAUUGUACGAGCUACUAGAUGUCAGUCACCAUAUUUCUGGCAUGCAACUGGCAGUAAAGUUAAGAGCGUCUUAAGAUUUACUGAAGAAGAUAGGAUGGAGUUAAAUCGAACGAAAUUCAAGAAAUGAUAAUUGACUUUCCGAAAAAUGUAACAGUUAUUCCACCGCUAGAAAUGAAUAGUCAAGUAUUCGAAAGGGUUGAAUGUUACAAAUUACUUGCAUUAUGGACCGAUGACAAUUUGAAGUGGUCUACUAACAUAUGCUAUAUUGUAAAAAAAGCGUAAAAAGAUUGUACUUCCUGAAGAUAUUAAAAGGUUAUAAUGCACCAAAGCAGGUUCUAAAAGCCUUUUACACUGCUGUAUGUCGUAAGAUCGACGCUCGAAUACUGUGUAUUACUAAUAAACUAAAUGAUACUUAUUUUCAAAAUAUACUUAUUUACUUAUUUACAAGACGUGAUCGUUUAAUAGAUAAUGAACAGUUCUUAAGCUUGUUGACUCUCUUAGGGUUUUCAACAAGUUUAUUGGGAUGUUGUUCCAAUACGCUGCUGCUCUGUGCGAAAAACUAUUUUUCAAGAAAUUCGUUUUUAGUGAAAAGUUUCACUUUGCACUAUUGCUGUUAGGUGGGCAAGGUGAGACGAGGCAUGUAUUCAUACAUCUAUAUAUCUAUCCUAUCUAUUCACACAUACAGGCAGAGAGUAAACUUUCCGAGGGUGUUUACGAUUUAUGUUUGUGGUGAGUUAUUGUACAUAGUCAGUGCUUUGAAGGUUAUUUAGGCAAUUUCAGUUGUUUUAUUUAAAUAUUCUUUUGUCCUUUUGCCAAGUUCACAAAAAUUUCGAGGAAUCGUUGUCGUUAUUGUAAAUUUUUGAAAAUUUUAUAACAUUCGCUUCUCAUGUCGUGUAAAGCCUGGUUCACAUAUAUACCUGCGACGUACCGGCGAUGUACCGGCGAUGAUACGGUGCUAGCUUUAAAACAUAAAUUAUGUGAACAUUUGUUCGCCGAUUGCCUCCAGUGCCUCAGUUACAUCGGCGGUAGGCCGGGAAAGUUGAGUUGAGUUUAACUUUGCCGGUAUUUCGGCGGCAAGUAGAGACAUAAUGAUACUGUCGCAGGCAUAUGUGAACCAGGCUUAAAGGAUCUUUGCCCCGGAACAGCCGAUUUUUCUUUAGCAGCGCAAAUGCGCAUGCGCUAUCUAGCCGUGUAUAUCACGAUGGCGUGACGAAUCUGACGAUGCUAGGAAGUGUAAUAUACUGACCUUUAUCUAAUAUGCAUGCACCUCAUUAUAUAUGUGUAUUUAAAUAGCUAGUUAAUUAUAUUCAAUAAACUAUUGCAUGACUGCCACGUAUGCAGAAAACAUUACAUUGGCGACGAGGAGAAAAAAACACGAAAUAUUGUAAAAAUAUCGCAGCAAUGGACCUAGUAAGAUAAGCGAAGCUAGAUGAUGAGUUAGCAAAGACUCUACAACGGACAUUUAGAAAAACCCGGGGAAAUAAACUAAGCAAAAGCGAACGAAAGAAAUCGGACUUUGAGACGAAAUUCCGAUGGCCGAAGGGCAAGCAGCAGAGCAGAACAAUAGGAGAGUAAUAGCGACGAGCAAAACUCUUAAAAUAGAGCCGUUCAAGAUUCCAGACAAUCAUUUAAAAGUCGGCAGAGCAUGGGAAGAAUGGAUUGAAUAUUUCGAAGACGAAAUAACAUACUUCGAGAUACGAGAAAUACGAGACAAAAUUAGCGCUCUCAAAAUAUAUGGCGGACAAGAACUGAAAAAGUUGGCACGCAAUCUACCAGACCCACCACUUAUUGAAGUAGAUAACGACUACGAGAAACUAAAAAGGAAAUUAAACAAUCAUUUUCUACCCAAGAAAAACAAACACUAUGCAAGAUAUACGUUUAGCAAACAACGAAUGGAGUCAUAUGAAAGUAUCGUCGCGUACGCAGCCAGAAUGCGUGAGAAAGCGAGAGAUUGUGAAUUUGGAGACCAAGCUGACGACAGAAUUCUAGAACACUUGAUCCAAACUAUCAAAGACAACGAUCUUAUUAAGAGAUGCAUUCAAAAACGAUGGAACUUAGAACAGUUUAUCGAAGAAGCCAGUCAACGCGAAGAUAUUGGACAACAAGUCAAAGAUAUGAAAGACGACCAUAAAGUAGCAAGAAUAGGUCGACGUGCAGAAAAACACAGACGAGAUUACAAAUUCACUGGUGAGAAACAAGCGAAAGCACACGGAUCGUACACCAAACGUGAUGGGCCAAAGGCAAAGCAAGAAUGGAAGAAGCCUGGAAAGAUGUGUGGCUACUGCGGAAAAACAGAUAGUCACAAACCUGGCCAGAAUUGCCCAGCGUUCGGAAAACAAUGUUUAAAGUGUGGCAAGUACAAUCACUUCGCAACAUGUUGCAAGAGCGGUAAAAGUGAGAAACCUGGAUGGAGCAACAGAAAUCGAGACCACCGGGGUGGAAACUCUCAGAAGCACAUCAAGAAAACAUCGGAUGAUCAUACAAGCAGCGACUCCGACGACGAAUUUAUAUCUCAAACAGGCAAACAUGUGUCGCACCAUGUAAAGAGAGUCCGAUCAGGCAAGAACAAGGACACUGUAUUGAUCAGAAUAGGAGACAUCGACGCAAGCGUUGAACCAGACAGCGGAGCAAGUGCAAACAUAAUGGACGAGUACCAAUUCAGAGCUCUUCAACACAGAUCGAAGUCCAUCAAAGAAUUGGAACUGAGCAAUGACACCUUAAAGACACUCCAAUCCACACUGGCAGUAAAAGGCGAGUUCAGGACCAUAUUACGAAACUGUAAUCGGGGCACAACGAGUAAAUUUCUGGUGAUCGAAGGCAAAAUGGAUUCACCGCCGCUGGUAUGCAAGAACACGCUGAUUGAACUCGGAAUGCUCAAGAUAGAACCGCAAGGAACCCUGAAAGAGACGAAUGAACUUAGAAUACACUCCGUGAAAGCAACGG